UCCCUGCCUGUCGGGCUUGUGUCGUUCGCAGGCUCCGGUUCCCGGAGGCGGCCUAUGCGCCCCGGGCGGCGGGAUGAGGAGUGGGGGUCCCGGGCGGCAGCAGCCAGAGCCCCACGCGGCGGAGCAGCCAUGGAAACGGCCGCGGCGGACGGCGGCCGCAGAGGGACACAAAGGCCCGCGGCCGAGCGGAGGCGGCGGCCGGAGCAGGAGCGGGGCCCGGCGCUGAGGGGCCCCAUGGAGCCGGCGGCGGGCGGCGGGGCCGGGGCGCCGCGCUACAGCCUGGUGGCGGAGAUCGGGCGCGGCUCCUACGGGGUGGUGUACGAGGCCGUGUCGGGCCGCAGCGGCGCCCGCCUGGCCGUCAAGCGGAUCCGCUGCGACGCGCCCGAGAACGUGGAGCUGGCGCUGGCCGAGUUCUGGGCCCUGACCAGUCUGCGGCGCCGCCACCCCAACGUGGUGCGCUUCGAGGAGUGCGUGCUGCAGCGCGACGGGCUGGGCCAGCGCAUGAGCCACGGCAACAAGCAGAGCCAGCUGUACCUGCGGCUGGUGGAGACCUCCCUGAAAGGUGAGAGAAUCUUGGGCUAUGCUGAGGAGCCCUGUUAUCUCUGGUUCGUCAUGGAGUUCUGCGAAGGGGGAGAUCUGAAUCAGUACGUGCUCUCGCGGCGACCGGACCCAGCCACUAACAAGAGUUUCAUGCUACAGCUAACCAGCGCAAUUGCCUUCCUGCACAAGAACCAUAUUGUGCACAGGGACCUGAAGCCAGACAACAUCUUGAUCACCGAGAAGUCUGGCACCCCUGUUCUCAAGGUGGCAGACUUCGGACUGAGCAAGGUCUGUGCUGGCCUGACGGCUCGGGGCAAGGAAGGUGGGAAUGAUAACAAAAAUGUGAAUGUGAACAAGUACUGGCUGUCUUCAGCCUGCGGCUCUGACUUCUACAUGGCCCCUGAGGUCUGGGAGGGACACUACACAGCCAAGGCAGACAUCUUUGCCCUGGGCAUCAUCAUCUGGGCCAUGAUUGAGAGGAUAACUUUCAUCGAUGCAGAGACCAAGAAAGAGCUACUGGGGACCUACAUCAAGCAGGGCACAGAGAUUGUGCCCGUUGGGGAAGCACUGCUAGAAAACCCAAAGAUGGAGUUGCAUAUUCCCCAGAAACGCAGGACUUCCAUGUCUGAGGGAAUCAAGCAACUCUUGAAAGACAUGUUAGCUGCUAACCCACAGGACCGACCUGAUGCCUUUGAGCUUGAAACCAGAAUGGACCAGGUUACAUGUGCUGCUUAAAUUCAGGGCAAAGCAUUAGUGCGCUUUGCAAUUGGGUUUAUUUACCAGGGACCUACAAUCUCCAUCACUUACAUGCACAGAGGGAAGCAGAUGGUUUGAAGAUCACUUGACAACAAGAUCUCUGGCAAUGGGAAGUUUUCCCUUUGUUUUGGGUUUUUUGGUCACGUGAGAUUUCUGAAGAGCCGAAUCUUUGCAGCCCAUUUGGUUACAAGACUAUUGAAUGCAGUCAAGAAGAACAUGUUUCUCUUCCCUCACAUCCCCACCCCUUUCCUCCACCGUUUCAGCCUUGUUAUUCAACUAGAAUGCUCCAGGUUCUUCUGGGAAAGACCUGUGGCUUUUUACCACCACUGAUUGCAAUUAGAAGCUCUGCAAAGCAUUCCCUCAACUGCUGCCAAGUACCAAGGCUCAAAGUCAGGAUGUGCCCAAGUUGGUUUUUUAAAGUUAAUAUCCUUUAUCUAGGGGAGAGAAGCUCACUGGGCUUGCUCUGUAGUUGGGAGAUUGUAGAAAGCAAGGUCUUUGAAGCCCCAUGUUGGAAACAAACAGUCAUGUGGCUCAGAACCUGAUGGCUCCUUAACAGGCAGGUGCUGCCCAAGCUAUAAAGCAAGUGACAUUAGAGUAGCAUAGCAAAAAUAACGAGACGGAAAAUAAAUUGAUUAUGCAAGAUCAGUGCUGUAGUGGAAAGAUCCUCGUCCCCCCCCCCCACCCAAAUAAAAAAGUCAUCUGUGGAUUUUGGCAACUGAGAGCCUAAUUCUGUAAUGGGCCUGUGGAGUGGAUGGGACAGAUUUUCAGGUGACUCACUGAACUGUAGGGUGGAUGUAUAUGACAAAAGAAGAAAGUAGCUGAAAGAAAGAUCUGAAGUCACUUGUGCCAAACUUCAGCCGUGAAGGACUUGGCAGUAUUGGAGGUAGGGGGCCCUGACAGCUAGUCACUCACUGUGUGGUUUCAAGGCUCCUGCAGAAGACUGUUUGCCCUUUGCACGAUAACUGUGGUCUACAAAGGGCAAAGAGAAUGCUGGCUGAGCUUGGGCACUUCAGGUUACGCAUCAGUGGGAUGUAGGGGAAAGGAGGUGGGAAUCUCAAGCUGAACAGUUAAUACUUAGUUUCCUGGCCUGCAUUUGGAGCUGCACUGACAUUCUGGGACUGACUCUGUGUGACGGCUUCAGUAGUGCUUUAGACCUUGCUCAGUGUAAAGCACAGCACCCUUGUUACCUUGUGACUUCUUAAAUAUGCUAGAAAUGGCUUCCCAAACAAACCCCUGCUGGGAUACUGGUCUAGGAGCCACUAGUUGUGCUUCCAGACUAAAUCUUCCUCACCCAGUUGCCUACGUAUUCCACUGUCGCUCUGGUAGGAUGUGACUGGCUUCACAGUUAGAGAAGGGCCCUGCUGACCUAAUCAUACAGGAUCUGUACCGUACUAACAUGCCUGCUGGCUGUGCGGACAUGUCGGUCUUAAUUCUCUUCAUUGACGUUUUUGUGCACCCACUUGCUACUUGUCUGUCUACUCAGUAUUCUGCACCAUCCCCUGAAAGUGAAUGAGAAUGCAAUAACUCCAUUAGGGCUAGAUUAAGGAUGGUGUCUAGUUGUUGGUUUUUGGUGGUUUUUUUUUUUAAACCUGUAUGCCUUGACAGCUCUGCUGAGCUUGAAUGCAGUGACCAGAGAAGAUUUGGGUGCCACCUCACCAGGAAGGUUGUGCUGUGCAUUAGGGGAAUAGCAGAGCAAUAGCAUAUAGUUGUACUUAUGUGCUCCCCCAGCUGAUUGAACACCUUGUGUUUUGAAGGUUUCACACAGAUAUAGUAACCAGCGUAGCACAAGCCCAGGAUUAGGACCCAGUCCUCUUUCCUGCACCCCCACUGAGAUGCUUCUCUGUGCUGUGGAGAGCUACAGCCAGACCUUCAGUACCCUCACUUCUUCCCAAGAUGGUUAUUUGGGGUUAGGACGUUUGGGUUUGGUUAUCAACCACAGAGGACUGUCUGGCUUUGUAACUCCUCCAUUCACUUUCAUUAGUCUACGUUUGAUUCCCAGUUUAGCAGGGGGCUGUUGUAGCAGCAUCUAAGCUGCCCCAACCCUCUGGAGUAACGAAGUAGUGGAUUUUCUCACUACUUGAAGCCCCUCAUCAGUCACAGGGUGCAUUGAAACAUAACACAGGCUUUCGUGCUGUUCUGCCCAUUGUUUUUCCAUCCCCCUUGCUGUUUUCCUGACCCAUGUUCUCUAGAAGCAACCCAAUAUUCCUGCACUCUUGUUCACAAGAGAACUGCUCUUCCAUGUGGCGGUCGACAUCAGGCAGCCAGCUGCUUCCCGCACUUCCUUGGACUUUCCCCAAAGUCCAAGACUGUAUUAACUACACCUGUCUUAGGAUGAGAGUCUCAAGCUUGUACUUCAACACUGUGCGCUCUCUCCAGCACUGCUGUAUGUGGUGGGGAGGCAGAUUUCAAACAGACACAGUGCCACUUGCUUCAGGUCUUCACCUGCAGAGGAGGUACUAAGGAAUCCUUUCCAUUGGAUAUCUAUGAGUGCCCCCUUUCCCUCUCUCUGGAAACUUCAGUGAAGACAUGACUACUCCCCGACUUAUAUGCACUGCAGGCAGAGCGUGCGCUGAGCCAGCUGGUUAGUGUAAAGUCACCCUCAGCCCUGCCAUGACUUCAGCUCUCACAUUUUCACUUCACCUUUUGUAUUGCAGAUAUCUUUUAAAACAGCUUGUUGUUAACUAGAUAGACCGUAGUGCCUUAUAGGAUUUAGAAAACACUUCCAGGAAGAGUUCGGGGGCUGCUAGCCUUUGGCCACUUGGGUCAUUUCCCCUUUAGUUUCUGGUCAGUCUAAAUAUGCUUCUCUCCUUUGGUUUCCUGCCGAUGGCGGCUUUACUGCUGAGUGCUCUAAGAUCACUAGAAUAAUGAGAGAGCCAUACUGGUUACAGGUCGUGGUGUAUCACCACACCUCACCUCUGGGCCCUGCCCAAACUCAUCCUAGGGCAACAGCAUCAAAAGAGGGAUUAGCUCUAACCUGCAAGGACAUAAAGCUUUCUGGGGAGCGGCAUCUCUUUCCUCUUGCUUGACAUCAAGUGUCUGCCCAGCUCCUCCACCUUACUGCUGCUGGCUGAAACAUCUCACCCAUCGUAUACAUUUUUUGGCAUUAGGCUUUACAGCUGGGGUAAUUCCAGCUUCUGGGAAAGGGGAGCUAAGCCGAAGGCUCAGGACUGCCUGGUCUCUGCAGCUCAUAUUCAUACAAGAGUGUCUCCUGAUUUCUGACUGACCACGCUUGAUACUGAACUUAAAAACUGACACUGGAGGGACAACUCUAGCUGUUAUGAGGUCUAAGCCUAACCAGAGGGGGGAGAGUUGAGGGCUCCUACCAAGGAGGUUCCACUGAUUUUGAGGCUCGCUCUCACGAGCCAGGUUUUUGCUAGAACAGAUGACAUGGCCCUGUCCAUGUUAUAGGAUUGUAUUAAAAUUGUUUACUUCUAAAUAUUCUGUUUACAGUGGGGGUGAAAGAACUAGCCACAUUUCUGGAGAACUUUGAAAUGCGGUAGCUGCACCAACCUGCAAUGGAGGUCUGCACCUCCAGCAUCACACCAACACUGGGGUGGCUGUAGUACCACAGCUGUAUUCCAUAAGGCGAGGGGUGCUGAGAUGGGCUCGAUAGCCUGGUUAGAGAAGGAGUCAAACUAGCUUCCCCCAUGUUCUCCUGCUGCUGUGUUUAAGGUUCAGAGGGGCUAGUGACAGCUAGACAGUGGUCCCUCUCUAGUCUUCCUUUACUCCUCAGGAUCCAGCUCCUUAACAUAUCAGGAGGUUCCCAGAGCCUUUGUGGAGCAAUAAGAGACUUCCACAAAGAUGGUAACUUUUUUGUUAAAUUCCUCAUUUGUGUAAAUCUUCUCACUAUGCAGUAUCAACUCUGGGUUUAAGCCUGCCCACGGACAGGGUGCAGCUGUAAAGAGAACAGCCAGCUGCAAUGGAGGCAAAAAAAAUUCAAAUAUAUCAAGUUUAAUUUACAAAGGCCAUAAUAGUGGGGAACACAGUGCUGCUCUGUUUGGUUUCCUCUAAACACACUGCCAAAGCAUGUUAGGCAAAACCCUUCCCAGGGACUACUGGUGUUACUGUUGCUUUAAAGCCAAUCUCCCUUUCCCUCUGGAGCUGAGUUGGUGCCCUUCAGUGACUUCUCUAGAAGACUAAUCAAGCACUUACCCCAUUCUUCAGCAUCCACCCCUACAUCAUCUGUUGCUGGAUCUAGACCAUGCUGCUCAAAUUCCCCUCAAGCUGUGUACUGCAUAUUGCUUUGGAGCCAACCAACUUUCUUGGAGACACUGGUCUUUUUAUUGAAGCAGUUCAGAUUUGAGGCUUGGCUGCCGUCCCCUGGAGCUGGACCUUGUGUUUCUUCUGAUGCUUGGCAACACUAGUUUGUGUGGCUGAACAAAGCAAAUUACUUGGCAUUCAGAUUUAUCCAUUCCUUCCAUGUUGCAAGCAGUACAUCUGCUGCUGGCACCUCUGGCCAUAGUUCCUGGAAAUCAUUGCAUAGGCUGUUCUGUUCUCUACACUACAGUGCUAGCUAUUAUCUACGUAAACUGGUGCCUGCUUACGUUGUGCUGUCCACUUCCAGUGUAAACAUUUGACUGCAGUGUGAAAUGACAGCCUGCCAUUUUCCUGAAACAACCAGUGGCAAAGCAGUUACACCAUUCACAUCUAAGCAUUUUCACACUUUAGAGUCAGAGGGGGAGGGGAGGCAGGGUGAAAAGCACAGUAGGAAGUGGCCUCUUCUAACUGCAACGUGACAAAUUCCAUCUUCCUGCAGUUUGCCAUCUCAAUGGUUUUUAAACGCUAAGGUGUGGCUCCCAGGGGGAAUCUGUGGUUGGAUAUUUAAUGCAUCUUCUCUACUGAACUAGAUAGAGUGGGAAGGCUUAAACCCAGACGCCAAACUAAAGUUACUUCAUGAUACUAGUUAAUAAAUCUGUAUUUUUCGUUUUGCACAGAAGCUGGUAAUCUAGGACCUGUGUGUGAACUUUAUAUAAAUAUUUUUUGUACUUGGUUUACUUGGGUUGGUAUGAGACGUAUUUAAGUUCCUUGAACACUGUGGAUACCCUGAUGUGUAUGAAUGGCGGAGGCGUUGUAAAUUAAGAGACGUUUGUGUGAAUAAAGCAAUUUGCUGGGGUUGAAAAGCCAUACUCAA